CGGACGACGUUCACACUAUUCACCUAUUCACCACUACAUCGGUCUUCUCAUUCAUUGCUUCUCUCUCAUGCUUUCAUUUGCCGUCGUGUCAGUGUGAUUUAUAAAAUUAUAAAAGGUUAUUCCUGAAACGCCGAAAGAAUUGGUGCAUCAUGGACACUUCAAUGACGGGGAAUGAAAUUCGUAAGACCUUUAUAGAUUUUUUCAUUGGAAAAGGACAUAAGUAUGUUCACUCUUCAUCAACAAUACCAUUGGAUGAUCCAACUUUACUAUUUGCCAAUGCAGGCAUGAACCAGUUCAAACCAAUUUUCUUAGGAUCUGUUGAUCCCAACUCUGACAUGGCACAAUAUGUAAGAGUUGUUAAUACACAAAAAUGUAUAAGAGCUGGUGGAAAGCAUAAUGAUCUAGAUGAUGUUGGAAAAGAUGUGUACCAUCAUACUUUCUUUGAAAUGAUGGGCAACUGGUCAUUUGGUGACUACUUUAAAAAAGAAAUAUGUGCUUGGGCUUGGGAGCUUUUAACUGCAGUGUAUAAGUUGCCUGCUGAUAGAUUGUAUGUAACUUAUUUCGGGGGAGAUGCUUCCUCUGGUCUUGAGCCAGAUUUAGAAUGUAAAAACAUCUGGUUAAAUUUGGGUCUGCCAGAAUCACAUAUUUUGCCAGGUAGUAUGAAAGAUAACUUCUGGGAAAUGGGAGAAACCGGACCGUGUGGCCCAUGCUCUGAAUUGCAUUACGAUAGAAUUGGAGGACGCAAUGCCGCACAUCUCGUUAAUAUGGAUGAUCCAGAUGUAUUAGAAAUUUGGAAUUUGGUAUUUAUACAAUUUAAUAGAGAAUCCGAUGGUUCUUUAAAAUUAUUGCCCAAAAAGCACAUUGAUUGUGGAUUGGGUCUCGAAAGAUUGGUGUCAGUCAUUCAAAACAAAAGGGCUAAUUAUGAUACUGACUUUUUUAUGCCAAUAUUUAAGGCAAUUGAAAAUGGUACAGGCGCAAGACCAUAUUCUGGAAAAGUAGGCGCUGAUGAUGUAGAUGGCAUAGAUAUGGCAUACCGUGUAUUAGCUGAUCACGCGAGAACAUUAACCAUCGCCUUAUCUGAUGGCGGUUGCCCUGAUAAUACUGGAAGAGGAUACGUACUACGUCGAAUUUUAAGAAGAGCAGUUCGAUAUGCUUGUGAAAAACUCAAUGCUAAGCCAGGAUUUUUUUCUUCAUUAGUUAAUACGGUAGUAGAGUUAUUGGGAGAUGUUUUCCCAGAAAUUAAAAAAGACCCUGAAUCAAUAAUUCAACUUAUAAAUGAAGAAGAGAUUCAGUUUUUAAAGACACUCUCUCGAGGUAGAAAUUUGCUCAACAGAACUAUUGAAAAAUUAGGCGAUUCUAAAGUAGUGCCAGGGGACAUAUCAUGGCGUCUUUAUGACACGUAUGGAUUCCCUAUUGAUCUGACUCAACUUAUGUGUGAAGAAAAAGGUCUGAGCAUUGAUAUGGAAGCUUAUGAAAAAGCUAAGAAAGAGUCCAUUCUAGCUUCUCAAGGAAAAGUUGCAGGUCAAGAAGAUCUUUUGGCGUUAGAUAUCCAUGCUAUCAGUCAUUUACAAGAAAAUGGUAUACCAGUCACAGAUGACUCGCCAAAAUACAAUUACAAAGCAACUACGCAGGACAAAGAAGCAGUUUACAAUUUCAGUGACUGUAAAGGUAAAAUAAUUGCAAUUCGAAAAAAUAAGCAGUUUGUUAAUGAAGUUUCAUCGGGAGAUGAAUGUGGUUUGAUAUUGGAUCGCACAAAUUUUUACGCUGAACAAGGUGGCCAAAUAUUUGAUGAGGGAUACAUGGUUAAAAUUGACGAUGAGAGCUCUGAAUUCACUGUUAAAAAUGUACAAGUCAAGGGAGGUUAUGUUUUGCACAUUGGAAAGGUAGAAGGAGUGUUCAAAAUAGGAGAUCAAGUAGCUUUACAUAUUGAUACAGUAAGAAGACGUCUUGUUAUGAAUAAUCAUACUGGAACGCACAUAUUAAAUAAUGUGUUGAGAAAGGUUCUCGGCAAUGAUUCUGAUCAACGCGGAUCACUUGUCAUGCCCGACCGCUUAAGAUUCGACUUUACAAACAAGGGACCAAUGACUACCAAGCAAAUCAAGGACGCGGAAGAUCAAAUUAAAUGUAUAAUAAACGACAAUAAACCAGUAUUUGCGAAACAUACUAGUUUAAGUGAUGCUAAAAAAAUUAAAGGAUUAAGAGCUAUGUUUGACGAACAAUAUCCGGAUCCCGUUCGUGUGGUAUCUGUUGGCAUACCUGUAGAAGAGCUAGAGAAGAACCCCGAAGGUCCCGCAGGUUUUGAUACGUCUGUUGAAUUCUGCGGUGGUUCGCAUUUACAUCAAACUGGUCAUAUUGGAGAGUAUGUAAUUGUAAGCGAAGAAGGUAUUGCUAAAGGUAUCCGAAGAAUUGUGGCUUUAACAGGCCCAGAAGCUAUUAAGGCUUUGAAUAAACUUAGUAUUUUAGAAAACGAAGUAAAUGGUGUUGCUACUAUGAUUCAAGAACAAGGUGACACUAUCAAUCAGAAAGAAAUAGUGAAGAGGAUCGUUGAUCUUGCCAAUGAUAUAUCUCAAGCACAAAUAUCAUAUUGGAAGAAAGAUGAGUUAAGAACUAUGCUAAAGAAUUUGAAGAAACAAUUAGACGACAAGGAAAGGGCAUCUAAAGCAAUGACAAUAAACAUAGUCACUGAAAAAGCUAAACAAAUCUGUCUUGAAGAAAAAGAUUCUGAAAUAAUUGUAUCUGAACUACAGGCUUUUGGAAACACCAAAGCAUUGGACAGUGCCUUAAAACAAGUAAAACAGCUGUGUCCUAAAACCGCAGCUAUAUUCUUUUCAGUUGAUAACGAAUCUGGUAAGAUCUAUUGUUUGGCUGCGGUCCCUAAGAGUAUUAAUGAAAGAGGUCUUUUGGCGUCUGAGUGGGUUCAAUCCGUCGUUAACAUUAUGGGAGGCAAAGGCGGUGGAAAGGCGGAAUCAGCUCAAGCAUCUGGUAAUAAUCCGCAAAAUCUAAAAGAAGCUUUGAAAGUUGCUGAAGAAUUUGCUAAAUCCAAAUUGUCUUGAAGUGGAAAUUAUCAACAUUUACUAAACUAAAUUAUUUUUUUUUUUUUAAAUAUCGGAAACAUGAUGGUUUCAUACAUUAUUACCUAUGUAGGUACUGUUUCUAAUUUUUAAAAAAACUUUCUGUUGUGUGGUGCACUUAUGUUUAUUAUAGCAAAUAACUAAGUUGUAUUUUUGCCAUUUAUUAUUGGAAAUAAACAUUUAAGUUCUAAA